GGAGGCUGGUCCCGCCCCCCAGCACCUAAAUCUGGGAGCAAGAGGGAAGGGGAGAGAGGGGGAGACUGGGCCCAGUUUCUCAUCUCCGUCUUCCCCUUUGUGACCGUUCCUCUCUGGUUGAGCAGCGACCACGGUUUCCUGCUUCUAGGCUCAGGGAUCCAGGACCAUGGCACCCUGGUACGCAAGGCUUCCACUGCACCUGUUUUUCCUAGGAGCUGCCCUUGCCCUCACAGGAGCCCUCACCUGUAACCAGGGCAUACUGAUCCGCAUUGGAAAAACCCCCACAAAAUUCCUGGCCAACUGGACAUCAUUACUUGAGGAGGAAUGUAAAGAAAAGGAUCUGUGUCAGGACACUAUUCUGAUCUUAGAGACAGAACUGCAGGGCAUUAUCAUAGCUACCAAGGGGUGCCUCUUUGAGAAUGUGCAGGAGCCCACGGUCGUCAAGUACACGCAGCCACCCCAGCACAGCCCUCACCAGGAGGGCCUCAUGUGUCCCCCCUGUGUCUCUCUGGGGCCCUGCAUCCCUGGCUCACCAGUCAUGCACUGCCCCACGCUCACCCUCUCCUGUUACAGUGGGACCAUCAUGAUCAAGGGAGGAGGCAUCUGGACCCCUGUGGACUUGGAGGGCUGCAUGAGGGAGAUUGAAUGCCAAGUGCUUAACAAAACCCACACAAUCGGGCCCCUUGAAGUGACAGAGCUCUGUGACAGGAGCAGCUUGUUUGAGACCUUUCAUGUAGACUGUGGCAGCGGUGUCCUCCCUGCCCUUGUGUGGGCUCUGGGCCUGGGCUCCCUGCUAAUCCUGUAG